AUGAAAGGUUGCGCAACUUCUGAGCUUCCUCCUUCCACCCACACCAAGGAGACCCUGUUUACCACCAUGGUCCACGGAGAGAAUCUGCUGGCAGAUGGCAAAUUAAACUCUCGCAAGACUCGCAUAGUCCUGGGCCUGGGCGUGACGCUGGCUCCGAGCGCAAAAGGCGCAUGGACCAGGGAAAGCCGCACCUCUGUUUCUGCAGGUCGGAAGGAGAGCCCUUAG